AUGCAGCUGGGCAUGGCGAGCGCGCUGGAGAUGUUGUGCGGGCAGUCGUACGGGGCGAAGCAGUACCACAUGAUGGGCAUCUCCCUGCAGCGCUCCUGGAUCAUCCUGACCGGCUGCGCCGUGCUCAUGCUCCCCAUCUUCGUCUUCACCGAGCCUCUCCUCGUCUUCAUCGGCCAGGACCCGGUCAUCAGCGCCGUCGCCGGGACCAUCUCGCUCUGGUACAUCCCCGUCAUGUUCGCGUGUGUCUUCAGCUUCACGCUCCAGAUGUACCUGCAGGCGCAGAGCAAGAACAUGAUCAUCACCUACCUCGCGUUCGUCUCCCUCGGCGUCCAUCUCUUCCUGUCCUGGCUCUUGACCGUUCGGCUGAACCUUGGACUCGACGGGAUCAUGACCUCCAUGGUCAUCGCCAUGUGGAUUCCUGUGUUUGGGCAGCUCAUCUUCGUCUUCUGCGGUGGCUGCCCUCUCACAUGGACCGGCUUCUCCUCCGUGGCACUCACGGACCUCGUUCCUGUCCUCAGGCUCUCACUAUCCUCUGGUGUGAUGCUCUGUUUGGAAUUGUGGUACAACACCAUAUUGGUGCUCCUAACCGGGUACAUGAGGAAUGCAGAGGUUGCACUCGACGCUCUUUCAAUAUGCCUUAACAUCAACGGUUGGGAGAUGAUGAUUUCUAUUGGCUUUUUGUCUGCAAUAGGAGUGCGCGUUGCAAAUGAGCUCGGAGCUGGAAGUGCAAGAAGGGCUAAGUUCGCCAUCAUAAAUGUCGUCGCCACUUCUUUCUCAAUAGGCCUUGUGUUCUUCAUAUUUUUCCUUUUCUUCCGCGGAAAGCUUUCCUACAUAUUUACCACCAGUGAAGAGGUAGCUGCCGCAGUUGCAAGCCUGUCGCCUCUUCUAGCCUUCUCCAUCUUGUUGAACAGUGUUCAACCAGUGCUAUCAGGUGUUGCUAUGGUGCGGGUUGGCAAAGUAUAG